AGGAGCCACCCCGUGGCCAGGAGUCAUCUGGGCCACUUCACUCACCAGAAGCCCCUUUCCUAAGGGCAGAUCCAGAGGAGAGAGCCCCAGAGUGCUCCGUGCUCACCACCCCAGGCAGGCAGCCUCCCAGGAUGACAGACUCUGUGGACUUGAUGGGAAAGACCUCGAACACCACUGUAGGACAAUGCUUCAAUUCCCAGAGCACAGUCCUGGAGGGCCAGCCCUUCGGGGGUAUCCCCACCGUGCUGAUCAUCAACAUAUUUUUGUGGCUGCUCAUCAUUGUGGCUUACUCCUUCCUCCGAAAAGCCGCCUGGGACUAUGGGCGCCUGGGACUACUGAUACACAAUGAUAGCCUCACGUCUCUGGUUUUUGGGGAUCAGAGUGAGAGAUCGUCUCCCUCCGAUGUGUCCCUGGAGAUGGAGCACAAGGACAAGGGCUUCUGUUCCUGGAUCUUCAACUCCCUCAGCAUGAGGAACCAAGAUCUGAUCAACCGGUGUGGUGAAGACGCCAGAAUCUACAUGACAUUCCAGUACCAUCUCAUUUUCUUCAUGCUCCUCCUCUGCAUCCCCUCAAUGGGCGUCAUUUUGCCCAUCAACUACUUGGGACCUGUUCUGGAAAGGAAAAGUCACUUUGGCCGGACCACCAUCGUCAACGUCUCCCCAGAGAGCAAGUUCCUGUGGCUGCAUUGCUUCUUCUCUUUCUUCUACUUCAUCAUCAAUGUCCUCUUCAUGGCUCACCACUGCUUGAGCUUCCUGCCCAGGAAGAGCUACAAGACAACCAGGACGUUAAUGAUCACCUACGUCCCCAAGACUAUCCAGGACCCCGACAUCAUCACCAGGCAUUUCCAUGAGGCCUAUCCAGGCUGCGUCGUGACCAAAGUCCACUUCUGCUACGACGUCAGGAACCUGAUCGAUUUGGAUGAUCAGAGGCGCCACGCGAUGCGGGGCCGGCUCUACUACACCGCCAAGGCCAAGAAAAAAGGGAAGCAGAUGAUCAAGAUUCACCCCUGCUCCCGCCUUUUUUUCUGCAAGUGCUGUGUUUGCUUCAAAGAGGUAGACGCAGAGCAGUAUUACAGUGAGCUGGAGGAGCAGCUGACAGAUGAGUUCAAUGCUGAGUUCAGCCGCGUCCGGCUGAGACGACUGGAUCUGAUGUUUGUCACCUUCCAGAAUGUCAAGAUGGCACGGCGUGUUCGAGACGAUUACAAGUGGGUGGCCUGCCGCAAAUACCCACAGCAGUCCUCCAUGACCAACAGCAUUAAAUCCAACAAGUGGAGGGUCAACUUCGCGUCCCAUCCCAAGGACAUUAUCUGGAAGCACCUGGCCACUCCCCGCUUUGAGUGGUGGGCCCGGUUUAUCACCAUCAACACCUUCCUCUUCCUGCUUUUCUUCUUCCUCACUACGCCCUCCAUCAUCAUGAAUACCAUUGACAAGUACAAUGUCACCCGCCCCAUCGAGAAGCUGAAGAGCCCAGUGCUGACCCAGUUCUUCCCCUCCGUCCUGCUCUGGGCCUUCACAGUGAUCUUGCCCAUGUUGGUCUACUACUCCGCCUUCCUCGAGGCCCACUGGACCAACUCGAGUCAGAAUCUGUUUGUGAUGCACAAGUGCUACAUCUUCCUGGUGUUCAUGGCCCUCAUUCUGCCCUCCAUGGGACUGACCAGUUUGAACAUCUUUCUACACUGGCUCUUUGACGUCUACUAUUUGGGACAGACAUCCAUCAAGUUCCAGUGUGUGUUUCUGCCAGACAACGGCGCCUUCUUUGUCAACUAUGUCAUCACAUCCGCCUUGAUGGGCACAGCCACGGAGCUACUGCGGAUCGGCUCACUCUUCUAUUACUGCUUCCGCCUCAUCUUCUCCACGUCAGAGCCAGAGCGAGUUCAUAUCAGGAAGGACCAGGCCAUGGACUUCCAGUAUGGGCGCGAGUACGCGUGGAUGCUAAAUGUCUUCACGGUGGUAGUCGCGUACAGCGUGACAUGCCCGAUCAUUGUCCCUUUCGGACUGCUGUACCUGUUUAUGAAGCACAUCACUGACCGCUACAAUAUGUACUACUCCUACGUGCCCACCACGCUCAACGAGCAGAUUCACAGAGCGGCCAUCACCCAAGCCAUAGUUGCGCCCAUCGUGGGGCUCCUCUGGAUGUUCUUCUUCUCCCUCCUGCGGUUAGGCAAGUCCCACAUCCUAACCAUCAUGUCCAUGAACCUCCUCAUCCUGUCCAUAAUAAUUGCUGCCAGCAGCACUUGCAUGGGGAAGAUUCGCAAUGCAUCUGUUGCUGGGAGGCAGGCCCCGGAGGAGAUGGAGACUGUGUUCGACUUGGAGCCGAGCAGUGUUGCGUCCACACCCACGUCUCUUGUCACCUUGCUGCCAUGGCCCUGGCUGAAGAACCAGGAAGAUAGAAGAAGAAACAAGAUUUUGAAGACAGACUCUAAAAGGAACUCAAUAAAGGAAAAAAAGCUGUAUGAGGCCAGUGUGCUGCAUGAGCCGGAGAUGACCCCCGCACCGUCCCCCGGCCGCCAGAGCUAUGGUAGCAUGAACAGACCACACGACAUGGAAGAAGAAAACAACGAGAUCUCUCCAGAGGAGAUAGACACAGCUUCAUUUGAGCCAAGACUGGAACUGGAGAACCAGAAGCAGUGACUGUGACUGGACCUCUACCUGGCAACUCCUGCAGGGAGUGGAGGCCAGGAGAGGUCUAGCAGGGGGAGGUAGGGGACAGCCUUAACCUCCCAACCAUCUCCAGCUGACUUUGGGAAGGCCCAGUCCAGACAUCUGUGGGCCCUGAGUGGAGGCUUCGACCUGCCAAGCAGCUAGAAUGAGAGAGGCAGGCCAGUACCCAGGGACCCUGGCAAAGGAUGGAGGAGACAUUCUGGCACGGCAUCUUAGGAGAAGCGGAUGAAGCCC